AACUUGGAAAGAGAGAGAGAGAGAGACCCACCGCAACCCACAAUAACCGAGGCCUCCCUUCUCUUUCAGUUUUUUCUUCUUGGCUUCUUUGUCUGAUAAAACCGUCAUCAACCCCCUCUCUCUCUCUCUCUCUCUCCCCUUGGCUACUCUCUUUUUCUUUCAUUAUUUUCCAUUUUAUUGUUCUCUUUUCCCUGCAAAUAUUUAAUAAUUGAUAUACGUUGAAGGCAUAUUUGCUUGAAGAGCUGAAAGAUAUCAUCUUGAUCGUUUGAUCUAUGGAACAGCUUGUUAACUUCAUCAUUCGGCCACCAAGAGCUGAAUAUGACCCCAAAAGUGAUUUAUUGGAUCAAGAGUUCAUGCUGAAAGGGAAAUGGUAUCAACGGAAGGAUGUAGAGAUAAAAAACAGUCGGGGUGAUGUUCUUCAAUGCAGCCAUUACAUUCCCAUAGUCAGUCCUGAAGGAAAGCCUCUGCCAUGUGUAAUAUAUUGUCAUGGAAACAGUGGAUGUAGGGCUGAUGCCAGUGAAGCUGCUAUAAUUUUGCUUCCUUCAAAUAUUACAGUUUUUGCUUUGGAUUUCUCGGGAUCUGGACUUUCUGGAGGGGAGCAUGUCACUCUAGGCUGGAAUGAGAAGGAUGAUCUGAGGGCAGUGGUCAACUAUCUGCGGGAUGAUGGAAAUGUCUCUUUGAUUGGAUUGUGGGGCCGCUCAAUGGGAGCUGUAACUAGUCUUAUGUAUGGAGCUGAGGAUCCUUCAAUUGCGGGGAUGGUUUUAGACAGUCCCUUCUCUGAUUUGGUUGAUUUGAUGAUGGAACUUGUUGAUACUUAUAAAGUCCGUCUGCCAAAGUUCACUGUGAAGUUUGCAAUCCAGUACAUGCGAAGAGCAAUCCAAAAGAAGGCAAAAUUUGACAUAAUGGAUCUCAAUACCAUUAAGGUGGCAAAAUCUUGUUUUGUACCAGCUCUACUUGGGCAUGCUAUUGAUGAUGAUUUUAUAAACCCUCACCACUCUGAUAGUAUAUUUGAGGCUUAUAUGGGAGACAAAAACAUAAUUAAAUUUGAGGGAGAUCACAAUUCUCCUCGUCCUCAGUUUUACUUUGAUUCCAUAAACAUCUUUUUUCACAAUGUUUUGCAACCUCCAGAGGAUGAGGUUGGGGAAUCAAUUUUUGAGACCGUGAACGAUUACUUUGGUAAGGAUGUUUGGAGAUCUGUGCAUGAAUUAGGCUAUAGCAAUGAAUCAUCAUCCAAAAACAAAGAUACAGAAUCAUCAACUUGCAGUACAAUAGAUGCCAUUAAGCAAGUCCGUUCAAGACGACCGAUGAGUAGGAUGGAGGUUCCAUCUGAUAUUUCUUCAAAAGAUGAGCAUCGUGAACAUGAGCAGGAAAAGAAGUGCGGUGAUCUUUCCCCAUCGUCCUCAUCAAUGAUAAGCUUUGAAUUGUCAAAUGGUCAUCCCUAUGGUCCCCAUGUUCCAACCGCGUUGGAUGAUGAUCAGUUUGUGGAAUAUCCUCUUGAUGACCUUGCAGGUUUUCCAUCUAGCGCAGAGGAGGAAGAAAGAAUGUUCAUGGAAGCAGUGAUGGAGUCAUUGAAGGACCUGGAAGUACGAAAUCCACAGGCAGAACAACCACCGGCUAGUACCGUGUCUGUAGGGCCAUCAGAUAAAGAUGACUCACGUGCUUCUUCCCAGGAGAUUUCUAAACCUAUGGAGACAGAAUCCUUAUUAGUCAAACACAACACAGAUUCAAAAUCUAAAACCAUUUCCUUUGCAUCAGAAGAAUGUGUACCUUUGAAAACUGAGUCAAAUUCCGUUUCAGUGAACCAUUCCCAAAAUUUAGCGUCCAAGCAAAGUCCAGUACCAAGUCCUUCAUUAGGGGGAGCACUGCAGCUGCCACCGCCGCCAUCAUCACCAUCGGAAACAUCAUCAGUAACUGAGUCCAGCAAUUCAAGUGAUUCAGCUCGCUGUGAUAGUUCUGCUACUUUACAAAGUUCUUCAGACACUGACAUAUCGCAUAAUACGAAAGCCACAGUAACAGUUGUUAGGAAUCCUGCAGGCCACGUCAUGGACGGCUUAAUGCGUCGUUGGGAUUUCAAUUUUUUUAAAAAUAGUCAGAACCGGUAAGAUGAGAGAUUCUCUUUUAUCAUGGUUGGCUUUACAUUGUUUUUGUAACUAUAAAAAAUCAUAGUUUGUACCAAAGAAAUAGGUUGCUCGUGUGUAAAUUUAGUGUGUUUAGAUUCUUAUCUAACAAAUCAUCCAAUAUUCUUUGACUGUAAGUGAUAAUUGGCAU